AGGUUUCCUCUAACAGAGUACAUUGUUAUCAUUUUCAGAUUAAACCUGUGUUAGAGAACAAAUAUCUACAUUGAUAUUCAACAAACUAGUAAAACUACAGUUUUGAAAGAAGUAUGGAAAUGAACAUGGAAUUAAAGGUGGACAAUAGUACUGACCUAUUUAAAGAUGAUUUAUUAGAGACUGGGCUUUAUACUGGGAUAGAACAAAUUGACUCAAAGUCUCUAGUGAUAGUAUUGAUUCAGUUGGUUCAAUAUCUGGUAUUUUCCAGAUUAUCUGAACACAGACAAAUCCUUCGUUUCAUCUGUAUCCCCUGUAUCCUCAUCCUCAUGUGUUUUCUCUCUAUAUUCUGUAUCCUCUGUAUCCCUUUUGUUUUCUUUAUCUCUUGUAUCUUUUACAUUCUUGCAGUUUUCAUUGAAAUAUUCAAGAUUAAAAAAACAAUAUUUUUGGAAGCUUUUCAACGUCAUUGGGAUUUUGGAAACUAAUCAGAAUUCUUUUGGUUAAUAAUAUUUUUUUGAAUUACCCAAAAAACUUUUAAAGAUUGGACAUCGGCAAAAGAUGUCUUCCAUAAUUAAAAAUCAAAAAUUUGAUUUAAUAGGAAUUGAAAUUUGUGUCUCCAUUAAAUAAUUAUUUUAUUGAUAAAUUUAACACUUAGGAAUGAUAAAUAUAUAAUUAUUUUAA